UCUCUUAUAUGGUUUCUCGCGAGAUGGUCUCGUACAUAUGUAAUGUCUGAAGAAUUUAGGGAGAGUAAUUUCAAUUCGAGUCAUGAUCAUGGAUGUCAGUUUCAGCAACUGCAUUCGAGAAAAGCUUUGCUCAGUUUUUUUGGAGAACAUAAUCAGGGAAAACUUGUAUUAGAUAUUAUUGUUCGCAUCUCAGUGACAACUCUCUUGUCUUACCCUGGGGAGAAGGAUUUGCAGGCCCUCACUUGCUACCAACUACUCCAUUCUCUGGUUCGACGAAAGAGUAUCUGUGUUCAGCUCGUCACGUUGGACUCUUGGCGUGAACUAGCAAAUGCUUUUGCUAAUGAAAAGAUUUUGUUUUUGUUAAAUGCUGCUAAUCAACGCUCUCUGGCUCAAACUCUUGUUCUUGGGGCUUCUGGAAUGAGAAAUUCAGAGGCAUCUAAUCAAUAUGUGAGGGAUCUCAUGGGUCAUAUGACAAGUUAUUUGGUGGAAUUGUCUAACAAGAGCGACCUCAAAAGUGUUGCUGAGCAACCAGAUGUCAUUCUAUCAGUCAGUUGCUUGUUAGAGCGGCUUCGUGGAGCUGCUAGUGCCUCAGAACCUCGAACCCAGAGGGCACUUUAUGAGAUGGGAUUCUCUGUGAUGCACCCUGUUCUGGUUCUCCUUGAAGUGUAUAAACAUGAGUCCGCAGUUGUUUAUCUGCUACUUAAAUUUGUUGUUGAUUGGGUGGAUGGGCAAAUUUCCUACCUAGAGGCUAAAGAAACUGCUGCUGUUAUUGAUUUCUGCAUGCGUUUACUUCAGCUCUACUCAUCUCACAAUAUUGGCAAGAUAUCAGUGUCUCUUUCAAGCAGCUUACUCAGCGAGGCAAAGACUGAGCAGUACAAAGAUUUACGUGCUCUUCUUCAGCUUCUAUCAAGUCUUUGUUCAAAAGAUCUGGUUGAUUUCUCAUCAGAUUCCAUUGAGGCACAGGGGACAAAUAUAUCUGAGGUUGUCUAUUUCGGUCUUCACAUAGUUACCCCAUUGAUUUCUUUGGAGCUGCUGAAAUACCCCAAGCUUUGUCACGAUUACUUCUCACUGCUAUCACAUAUGUUGGAAGUUUAUCCUGAAACAAUUGCACGGUUAAAUAGUGAAGCUUUUGCUCAUGUACUCGGAACCCUUGACUUUGGUCUACACCACCAGGAUACUGACGUAGUGAAUAUGUGCCUGAGAGCUGUUAAAGCUCUUGCUUCCUUCCACUACAAGGAGACACAUGCUGACAAAGUAGGGUUGGGAUCACAUGCCAUGACUAUUAAAGAUCUGCAAGGCAAUUUGCAAGAAGGCAUCUUGGGUCACUUCCUUAGAUUGUUACUACAGUUGCUCCUUUUUGAGGACUACAGUCCUGAUCUGGUCAGUCCUGCAGCAGAUGCUCUCUUUCCACUGAUCCUUUGUGAACAAGACCUGUACCAGAAAUUAGCCAGUGAAUUGAUAGAGAGGCAGCCAAGUCCAACACUCAAAUCAAGGCUGACAAAUGCAUUACAAUCCCUUACAAGCUCCAAUCAGCUGUCAUCCAUUCUAGAUCGCAUGAAUUACCAAAGGUUUAGGAAGAACGUAAAUAGCUUCCUGAUUGAAGUUCGUGGGUUUUUAAGAACAGUGUGAUGUGUGCAGUAUGUAGUAUUUUCUUUUUGCCUUCAUUUUUUCUAUUGUUGUAAGGGAAGUUUUGGAAAUGAGGGAACAUUCCAGUUUACGUGAGGCUCGCAGCAACUAAAGCAAGAAAUUUAGCUGAUCAGUAAAGGUUUUUGAUCCAUAUUUGUAUAAUCUCCAAUCACAAUAAGUACAGAAGUUUUGUAUUUAUCAAUACAUUCCCUCCUGCAGGGCGAUCUUUCUCAGUUAAGUGAAACUUUGCAUGGAUUUUGUGCGCUUGCA